AUGGGAAAUUAAAAUUCUGAUGUGAAAGCAAAUGCAGAUGAGCAUUCGUAACUGAUGGAAAAUUACAUUACUGUCAAAAAUAUUUAGGAUGAAAAGUAUGGAGAAGGAGUUUUAAUGCAAAAUAAACUUACAGGAGCAUAUUGUUUGUUAAAAGAAUAUAACUCUACAGAUGAUUAUGAAUUUGAAAAAGCAUACUCAAAAUACAAGAAAAGAUAAGAGUUAAAACAUGAAAAUAUUGUCAUGCUUCUAGGCAUAGCAUAAAAGAAAGAGUCUUAACUAUGCAGCACAUUUUAUAAAUUGUAUGUUCUUUAUGAGUAUGUAAACGAUAAUCUAGAAUAACAUAUUUAGCUUCACUAAUAAACUGGUUAGCAUUUUAUAGAAAGUGAGCUAUGGGAUAUUCUUAUGUAAAGCGUUUCUGCAUUAAGCUACUUAUAGUAAAAAGGGAUUACUCAUUAGAAUAUCAAACCAUCUAAUAUAUUCUUUGACUAAAAUUAAAUGGUUAAAAUUGCUGAUUCUUAGGUUAUUUAAUAAAUGAAUACUUUUUCUUUAGUUGCAACUAACCCAAAAGAACCACCUAAAAACUCAUAUCUUUCUCCUGCUUUGAUAGAGGCAUUGGCAUAAAAUAACUGGUCUCCAAACCAUGAUACAUCUAAAAGUGAUAUUUUUAGUCUUGGUAUGACUAUCAUAAGUGCAGGUUUACUCGAGGAUCUUGAUUCUUGUUAUAUUUACUAUCCUGAACCAGCUUUCUAAGAAGAUAUUUUUAAAUAAAAAUUUAAUUAAUUCAAAUCAAACUACAGCAGCAAACUAACGAAUAUCUUAGGGAUAAUGACAUCACUUGGUGAAGAAACAAGACCUGAUUUUAACUAGUUAUGGAAUUAAUUGUAGUAAUUUUAAGUUAAGAAUCCUCACUAGCCAAGCAACAUUUAAGUUGGACAUGAAAAAUAGAAUUAUGACUAAAGCAACCCACAGCUAGACUUAUAAAAUAGAUAUUAAAAUCAUUAUAUCCAUGAAUAAUAAAAAGAUUUGCAUUAAGGUGAAAUAGUUGGAUAAAAUAAUCAUAAAAUGAAGUAAUCUCCAAGCACACAGCCAAAAAUUGUUAACGAGGACAAUGAAAAUGUUGUUGAUGAUACAGAAGACUCAGUUGAUUAAAUAAAGAGAUAAAAUCCUCAAAACUACAACAAAAAUUAUGCUGAAAAACAAUAAUUUAAUUAAUUGGCUUAGCACUAAUAGGAAGUUAGAACUCCAGCUGUGCCUUCAAGGUCUAUAUCAUAAUCAGGUAAAAUAGAAGGAAGUAAUCCUCUUAAAAAUAGCAAUUUGAAUUAAAAUAAUACUAUUAAAACAAACUAUGCGGUUAAAUAAACUAGCAAUAUUCUGCCUCCUUCAAUACAAAGUACUUCAUCCGUUACAAACAAUAGUUUAUCUUCCAAAGCACUUGCCCCUGUUAAUGCUAAUUUUUCUUUACCUAGUCAUCCUAUGAGUAAAGAUUUUGAAAGUUUAUAAUCAUUGCUAAUGAAUGUCAAGACUAUUUAUAUUUGCAAAACCUAACCAGAUGAAAAUACUGGAGCUAUAGAAAGAGGAACUGUGCGCUAAGGAGAAGUAGAACAAUUCUUAUAAUCACAACAAAAUAACAACCUAAAUAGCUAAUUUAAUAUAGAUAAUACUUACAAUAACAAUAAUAAAUAUAAUUAAUAAUAAGCUCUUAAUAAUACUUAGCAAAAGGCUUCUAGCAGAUCUAAUAGUUUCUAUAAUAAUUCUUCGAAUAUAAAUUAUAAUAACAAUUUAAAUGGUAAUAUGAGAAGUGGUAGUAGUGCUAAUUUACAUGCAAACAAUAAUAUCACAGGUGCAGGAGGUAUGCAAUCUCAAAACUAAGGAAACAUAAAUGGUAGCAUGCAAAAAAACAAUUCAUUCCAUAAUAAUAGCUAAGCUAAUUCUUCGCUUUUAAAGGAUCACAAUGUUUAAAACCUGAAUGAUAUUUCAAAUAUUCACAACUAUUCGAACAUUGAUGACUUUAAAAUUAGUAAUUAGUAAUCUAAUAUCUUUAAUAAUAAUCCUAAAUUGUAGUAAUAAAUAACUUCUACAACACCCUACAAAGCUCAAAAUCAAUACCCAUAAGAAAACAAAACAAAGUUAGAUGAUUUAUAAAAUAUUAAAAUUGUUAGCUAGCAAAAUAAAAGCUUUAGUAAUAGCUUUUAUGAAAAUAAUUUAAAAAAUUAAAAAGAAGAUAUAAUCAAAAAUAAUCUGAAUGGUAUUAAUUCUACUCCAACAACAGUAAAUAAUAACAAUUUAUCAUCUUAUUUACCUUAAUACUAAGCUAAGAGUAUUAAUUUGACAUCUAAUAAUACUUCAUUUAGCAAUAUUAAUAAUCAAUCAAAACCUGCUUAAUCAUCGUUCCCUCUAACACAACAGUUCACAAUUCCUUAAUCAGCAAACGAUGGAAAAAAUCUUCUUACUAAUUUUGAAGAACUAAAAUCGAAACUUCAGGAAGCUGAAUUAAAAGCCAAGAUGGAAUAUGAAUCCAAAUAUGGAUAAAUAAGUUCUAAUGCUACAUCAAAUUAUGGCACAGUAAUUUAAUAAACAAACGAUUAUUCAUAAAAUAUAGAUUAUUCAAUACAAUAUGGGAAAGGAAAUACAAAAGCAAACAAUAAUAUUGAUGACAUUAUUAAAAAAUAUGAUAUCAAAAAUAACAAUAAUAGUAAUAAUAAUAAUAAUACAUCUUAUGCGAAUUUCAAUUAAAGCUAAAGCAGCGAUGGAGAUUAAACUCAAAAAAGAAACCAACAAUACCUUGGAAAUUCUGAUGGAUAAAAUAAUUAAUAUGUUAUUUCAAAAAAUUUUUCUUCUUAAAUGAUGAAUGAACCUGAAGAACAAGUCAAAAAAUAAAAAUAAGUAAUAUAACACACAAAAUAAUAAUCAAUGAGUGACGCUGCUUCAAGAAAUAUUACUCCUGUUUCUAAUGUCAAGACAAAUGGUGCCCCUACAUUUACUCCUGUUACUAAUGUUUAGAGCUUCUUAAAUUAAUCAGCUUAAUCAAAUCAUAAUUAUUAACAAUUUAGUCCUAUGCAAUCAUAACAAAAUAACUAAUCCUAAUAAUAUAAAGUUUAAGAAAAUCUACCAAACUUUAAUUACCAAAACUCAGAUUAUAAUAAUAAUAAUUAAUUCUAUUCAAAUAGAUUCAAUAAUGAAAUACCAGAAGUAGUUAUCGAAAAUUAUUAAAAUGGAUCUAGAUAUGAAGGUGAAAAAAUGAAUGGUUUGAGACAUGGAUAGGGAAGAUUCUUCUAUCAAGAUGGUGGUCUUUAUGAUGGAGAAUGGAAAGAUAAUAAAAUGAAUGGUAGAGGUGUGCUAUAUUAUGCAAGUGGUAAAAUUGCAUAUGACGGAUAUUGGGAAGAAGAUAAAUUCCAUGGUUUUGGAGCACUAUUUAACGAAAACCCUGCAGAAUUGCUUAGUUUCUUUGAUUAUAGGGAUUUUGAUUAAGUUGACGAAUACUGGAUUAAAUACGAUGGAGAAUUCAAAGAUGAUAAUAAAGAUGGUUUUGGAACUCUCUAUCUCUCUAAUGGAGAGAGGUUUGAGGGUAGUUUUAAAAAUGAUUUUGUUUGUGGUCCAGGAUCUUUUUAUAAAAUAAAUGGAGAAAAAGUAGAUGGAAUAUGGUAAAAUAAUAAGCUAAUUUAAUCUUGA